AUGUAUUUCCAGGGUGUCUUGACCAUAAUAAAUUUACUUACCUUCUUAAUAGGAACAAAAAUGACUCCUGCAAAAUUAGCCAUGGGAAUUUUCCUCUUCUCCCAGAUUACAGUAGGCAUGCUUGGCAAUUCCUCAAUACUGUUUUAUCAUGUCAUUUUGAUAUUCACUGGAAAACAUUUAAUGCCCAAAGACCUGAUCAUAGGGCACUUGACUUUUGCCAACUGCUUGUCUAUCAUCUCAAGAGGAAUUCCACAGACAAUGUCAGAUUUUGGAUUUAAGUAUUUCCUAGAUGACAUUGGAUGUAAAUUUAUAAUGUACAUUUACCGAAUAACAAGGGGGGUGUCCCUGUAUGUCAUGUGCCUCUUGAGUUGUUUCCAAGCUAUUACAAUCAGCCCCAACAACUCCAGGUGGAUGAGGCUUAAACACAGAGCCACCAAGUUCAUCAGUCCCUCCUGCUCACUCAGCUGGCUUGUGCACCUACUUCUAAACAUCUCGACACCAGCAAAAGUGUCAGGCCCCAUUUUCAUCAACAAUGCAACUAGCAGGAUAAGUUAUGGAUACUGCUCAUGGUUUGCUUCUGGUAACGUGGCAACGGCAUUGUAUUUGUUCUUACUGUGCUUCACGGAUGGUCUGUGUCUGGGUCUCAUGGCCUGCUCAAGUGUCUCCAUGGUGACAAUCCUCUACAGACACAAGAGACAAGUCAAGCAUAUCCAUAGUGCUCAACACUGUCUAAAAGUUUCACCUGAGGACAGAGCUGCCCAAACUAUCCUCACCCUGGUGUGCAUAUUUGUCAUCUCUUACUCAUUCUCUUCCAUUAUGGUCAUCUUUAUGAACUACUCCAAAGGUCAAAUGCUGUGGGGCAUAAGUGUAUUUCUAUUUGUAGAAAUAUGCUUUCCCAUAUUUUACCCUGUUGUUCUCAUGUGCAAUAUUAAAUAUAUUUCCAGCCUGUCUUUAACCUGCUGUGGUAAGAGGUAG